AUGGGUCGUGUGUUGCCGGGAGGUGUGGUGGCGUGGUUCGUGCUUUCGUUCCCCGUGUGCUUGUGGGAUGCCCUCUUUGUGCUGCUCCGCCCGCGCACGAUGCCCGGAGGCGACCUCGCCUGGUUUUGGGGGCCUUACGAAACCUACAUCGCGGUCGACCGUCGCUACCAGGACCUGAACGACGGCUUCAACAUCGCCCAGGCCUGGAUGAACCUCUUUGAGAUCGCUGUGGGCCUGAUCGCCCUCUUCCUGCACUUCCGUGGCCGCCAAUCCGCUCAUCUCUUCGCCUUUUCAUCGCAGCUCAUGUGCUUCGCCAAGACCGUGAUCUAUUUCCUGAGCGACCACGUGACGGGAUGGGCCUACACCAAGCACAACGACCUGCAGAGCUUCUGGCUGCUCUUCGCCAUCCCGAGCGGCGUGUGGCUCGUGUUCUCGCUGUGGACGGUGAUCGUCGAAGGCGGCUACCUCGCGAAGGCGCUCAGCCGCUCCCCCGCCGGCGACAGGAAGCAGAAGCACACCAAGAAGAAGUGA